AUGGCGCUUAAGUUUUGUUCCAAGAGCAGUUUGAUUGUGCCUGUAAUUGAAGAAGAAAAUAAAAUUAUUCAAAAGAAGAAGAAGCUAAAGGUAAGAGAACAGUUAAAGAAGAAAAAAAUUAAAGCAGCCAUUAAGCUCCAGGCGUGGUGGCGUGGCACCCUGGUGCGCAGGACCCUGCUGCACGCAGCCCUCAGAGUCUGGAUCAUCCAGUGCUGGUGGCGGCUGACGCUCUGCAGGAUCCUGGAGAAGAAGCGGAGGAAAGCGCUGAUUGACUUCUCGAACAGGGAGAGAGCGAUCGUCAAGAUCCAGUCGCUGAUUCGGAUGUGGCGCAUUCACUGGCGGUACUGCCAGGUCCUCAGCGCCAUCUACGUCAUCCAGGGCCACUGGAAAUACCACAAUUGCCAGUCCUGUUCCCUCCUGCGGGGCCACUGUGUGAUCACGACCACCCACCUACAGUUCCACAUUGAAAUCAUUGACCACUGAGGACUGACUAGAAGGGACGCGCAGCGUUCGGUCCCCGGUAAAGGUCUAAAUGGUUGGUGUGUGUUUCUGUUCCCAGCUAAUGGACGCCUUGAGACUCGGGCCUUGCUGACUCCUGUUGUCUCUCUCAGAGAUCAACAGUGAGG